CUCGUCUUCAAUCAUAUGGUAUCAGAGCCUGUGGACGCUGAAUGCAAUCACUUAGAUGGAGACGACAGAGCCAGCCAAGAGUUAGACUUGCGCACUCAACCCUUUGUGUUCAUGGGUUCUGGCGCUGAGGCUGACUCGAAAAUCACCCUAAAUGGCGGAACUCCUUUCGGGUUGAGUUCUGUCGAGGGGGCGUCUCUCGUCCUGGUGUUCGAAAAAUUCAAUGGGACCAAUUAUCAUGAGUGGGCCCAAAGUGUUCGAUUGGUUGUUGGAGGCCGUGGGAAGCUAGGUCUCAUCUCUGGUACAUCCAAACCACUAGACGCAUUAGACUCGGCUGCCUUGGUGUAGUGGGAGACCGAAAAUUCUCUGGUUGCUUCUUGGUUAGUUAACUCUAUGACUCCUCAAAUCAGAUGAUCCUUUAUGUUUCUCCCGAUAGCACGGGAUAUUUGGGAUGCAGUCAAGGAGUCUUACUCGGAUGGGGAAGAUGCUGCUCGAAUCUAUGAUCUCAAAACUCAAAGUUGGCAGAUCAAACAAGGUGAGCGUGACCUCACUGAAUUCUAGUUGGAGUUAGUUUUAGUGUGGCAAGAGAUUAAUCUCAACAUAGAAACCGAGUGGUCUUGUCCUAGUGAUGCAGCAUGUUAUAAGAGGCUUAUUGAAGACGAGUGAGUAUUCCAAUUCCUGGCUGGUCUUCAUCAAUCAUUAGAUGAUGUUCGUAGUCGCAUCCUCGCUCGCUUCCCUCUACCAUCUACUCGUGAUGCAUUCGCUGAGGUUCGCCGUGAGGCUUCUUGUCGCAAGGUGAUGUUGCCUAGACUUUCCUUAACCGUUCCUUCAUUUGAGUCAUUUGCCUUAGUGAGCCGACAAUCUAAUCAAGGCCAAAAAGAAUCAAUGUUUUCAGAACCGGAUCGGACAUUGAAUCGGAAAAGUCAGCGGUUCACGGUUCGCAUGGGUCAACCGGUUGGACCAGGUGACGUAAUAAUUAAAUUAAAAAAAAUUAUAUAUGUAUAUAAUAAUUUAAAUAUAAGAAAUACAUAUGAAAUUGCUAUUUAACUUAAAAAAAUUGAAUAUUUUAAGUUUAUCACGACUUAACAAGUUAUAUGAUACAAUAUAAUAUCAAAUGAUUAAAAAAAUUAGUCAUUUUUUCUAAUUUGAUAAAAAAUAAAAAAAAAGUUUUUUUUGAACUGUCCGGUUUUUGAAAACUGGAUCUGGUUCCCGGUCCGACCGCCAGUUCGAAACGGCUCAAACCGGCUUAACUCUUAAAACGGUUUUUUCCUUUGAACCAGACCGGUCGACGGUCCGACCGGUCCGACCAGCCGGUCCGGUCCAGUUUUCAAAACAGUGAAAAGAAUCAAAAGGAAAGGUUGUAUGUGAGCAUUGCAAAAAGACAGGCCACUGAAAAGAUAAAUGUUGGGACCUCCAUGGAAGACCACCUGAUUGGAAACCAUAUAAAGGUAAAUCUCGUGGCUAUCAAACUACUUUUGAUUCUACUUCAGACAAAUCUGGCCCUGUUCCAGACAAAUCGGGUACCUUACCCACCAUUGACAAGGAUCAGUUAAAUAAGCUUCUAGAGAUGCUCCAUAGCUUAUAAUCCAACCAAUCACCUCCAUCUCAUAAUGCUUCCGUUGCUAAGCAAGGUAAUUCUCAUUUUGCAUUCAAUGUAUGUUCCACUAAAUCAAAGUGGAUUGUUGACUCUGGAGCCUCAGAUCACAUGAAUGCAGACUCUACCUUGUUUACCUCAUACUUUCCUUGUGGUGGCCAUGAAAAAAUUGACAUGGCAAAUGGUACAUCCUCUUCCAUUGCAGGAAAGGGUAGUAUCACUAUUUCUAAAUUUCUGCACCUUGACUUUGUUCUUCAUGUUCCCUAUCUUGCUUGCAAUUUACUAUCUAUCAGCAAGUUGACUAAACAAGCCAAAUGUAGUGCUCAUUUCUUCUCUACUCACUGUAUUAUCCAGGAUCUCUCAUCGGGGAGAAUGAUUGGCAGUGUUGAGGAGUGUGAUGGGCUCUACUACCUGAUGAAUCAACCUGAUGUUUGGGGUCCAUCUCGUGGCUGUUACACCAACCAGACGUCAAAAAUGCCUUUCUAAAUGAAGAAUUGAAAAAAGAAGUUUAUAUAACUCUACCUCCUGGUUUUGAUAAAGGAAGGGAGAAUCAGGUAUGUAAAUUGAAGAAAUCAUUAUAUGGGUUGAAACAGUCUCCAAGAGCAUGGCUCAAUAGAUUCUCAAAAGUUCUAAAGCUACAAGGCUACAAUCAAGGACUGUCGGAUCAUACUAUGUUCAUUAAAGUAGAAGGGAGUAAGAGGUGUGUCCUUAUUGUAUACGUUGAUGAUAUAAUCAUCACUGGUGAUCAUAGUGAGGAAGUGGCAAGAAUAAAAGGCUGUUUUGGGAAAAGAAUUCAAGGUCAAGGACUUGGGUUGUCUGAAAUACUUCUUGAGAAUGGAGGUUGCAAGAUCAAAGCAAGGUAUUUUUGUGUCUCAAAGGAAGUAUGUACUUGAUCUCUUAAAGGAGACAUGUAUGCUGGGGUAUAAAUCCAUUGAAACCCCUAUUGUUGUUCCAAAGAGGAGGUAAAAAUCCAAGAAAGAAGAGAGGGCAAUUCAGAUGAAAAAGGUAACUAUGUUGAGGAAGAAGAGGAUAAAGAGAAAGAGAGGCUAAUGGAUAAAGAGAGAUACCAAAGGCUUGUUGGGAAACUUAUUUAUCUAUCUUACACAUGACCUGACAUAGCAUUUGCUGUGAGUGUUGCUAGUCAGUAUAUGUGUGAACUGAAGGGAAAACAUAUGGAAUGUUGCAUACAGAAUCCUAAGGUACCUAAAGGGAAAUCCUAGACGAGGUUUACUGUUUCAAAAACAUGAACAAAGGAAUAUAGAGGUGUAUAUAGAUGUAGAUUGGGGUGGACAUCACCAAGAUUGGAGAUCUACUUUUGGAUAUUGCUCAUUUUGUAUAGGGAAAUUUGGUUUCUUUGAAGCGUCAAAAGCAGAGAGUUGUAUUCAAAAGCAGUGCUGAAUUUGAGUUGAGAGCCCUUGCUCAAGGCAUAAUGGAAGAAUUGUGGCUGAAAAGGGUUAUGGAAGGGAUCCAUGUCCAACUUGAUCUACAUCUCAAACUAUAUUGUGAUAAUAAGGCUGCCAUAAGUAUGGCAUUGAAUCCUAUCUAACAUGAGAGGUCCAAGCAUGUGGAAAUAGACAGACACUUUAUUAGAGAGAAGGUGGAAGAUGGAAUUAUAUGUCUAGCUUUCCUACCGACAAAUCUCCAAGCAGCAGAUGUGUUGACAAAGGAAUUACACAAACUCGCUUUUGAUAAUUGUAUAAACAAGUUGGACAUGAUUAGCAUCUAUGAUCCAACUUGGGGGGAAGUGUGAGAAUGAUUAAAGAGAAAUUAGAGGGAUUCACCCUGUAAAAAUAGAGAUUUGAUAGAAUUGGGUCAUUAGGAGUAAUAUUUGAUUUUAUUUCCUUUUAUAGAAGAUCAUUAUACGUGUAUAUAUCCUGUCCAUAUUAUUGAAUAAUAUUCAUUCAGUUCCUUCCUUUGGCUCGUCUUCGACCACAAUAUCCCCCUAUAUCCGUUUGUUAAUUGUAAGUUUCCAAGUAUGAAAAUAAUUUUUAUAGUAAAAAUAUACAUGUUUAAAGAUGAAAUAAUUAAAUGGUAGAAGAUGAUCUUUGGGAGAAUCAUAUCCAAGGACCCCUUAAGGAAAUUAUUCACAGACAAUGACCAGCAAUAAGCCACAUUCGGGGGGAAAAAAAGUCAUGUUCUCAUUUUGACAACAAUCUGUUCUGUAUUGAUCCUUGUCUGUAAAUAAUUUUUUUAAGGAAUCCUUAGAUGUGAUUCUUCCUUGAUCUUUUCCUAGAUGUCAUUUAUCAUUUCUCUUUCGAAAUUUUUAACUAAAAACUAGUAACACAUAAUAGUUGGGAUCAAGUCUGAAGACAAAAGUUAACUUUAUAUUAUUUACUAUUCUAAUAUCACUAUGUUUGAAUAAUCUAAACAUCACUUUUGGGUGUUUACUAUUGUAGUAUACUAUUUGCAUUGUUUAAAAAUAGGUCAUUAGAAGGUUGUGUUUGUUGUGAAUUCAUUCUUUGAUUGUGUAAGAGGCAUUAGAGCAAAAGACACCAUAUUGAAGACUUGAUUAUUGCCACUCUUGUGUAUUGUUGGAUUGUUGUAGAUGUAUUUUUCAUUGUUCUAUUUUCGUUUGCUAACUUAUUAUAUUUGUUUACUUGAGAUGGAUUGUUGUUGUAUCAAUAAUAUAUUAUACUGAAUUUUCACGUUUAAUGUUUGCAAAAAUCAUGUUAAUAUUUAAUAUUUAGGUUUUAAGUAGGCUUUGAUAGGCUUAAAGCCUUUGAAAGCCUAAGCAUUUGAGCCUAUUUAAAGUUCUACCUAAAAAAUUAGCCCUUUAGGCUAGACCAAGCCUUUGAUAGGCAUCAAAGGCCUCAUGCCUAAGCUUAAAACAAGCCCCAUAUAGGCUACAGGCCUAGGCUCAAGCUUGAGCAUAACCUGGCAGGCUUAGGUCUAUUUAAUCAAUGUUUGGCAUGGCCUUUUUUCACCCUUAUUUGUAGGGCCCCUCAUCCCCUUAAAAUCAUUCCUCCUGAAAAAACCUUACUUACCUCCUUGGUUUUUGCACCAAUUUCUAGGGGCCAUAGAAUUGUUAACUAUUCUCCCUCUCCUUUAUAGUUAUAGUCCUAUCUUCUCCCACCUUGACCUCAUAUUUCUCCUUACAAUCUCUCCACGUGCCCAUGUUGUCCACACCAAUGACAAAGUUGGUGUAACCCCUUGUAUUCAAGUAUAUACUCCCUCUCAUCCAGUAUGAACUUAGGCAGCAGAGGUUUCGUCAAGUCUACUUGCAUCCCAAUCUGUGCAAAUUUCCCUGUAGUUUCCUAAGAUGUAGAUAUGUCUACCUUGAACGUAUGACCAAUCCUAUCCCCAAUAGCCACCAUCAAUUCUUCCUCAUAAUUUUCCAGGGUUAAAUCUAUUUACCUCACCCAGACCAGAGCAUUCUCUAUAGCUUCCUUCAUCGAAUUAAAAUUUUGACUCCAUUCUCUCACGAUGAGGUAACAAUUAGAGAUCAGCCAAGAUCCUUCACGUUAAAGCCUGUUGAUAUUCUUCUUAGCUCGACAGUUUCACAACAUAGAAAUCAUUGUGAAGAUCUACCACUAAAAUAACUCCUGACCUCACCCACAUGCUCUGGAAUUUUGGUUCCAGCUUCUUCAUACUAGUUCUUAAUCCCAAAAGCUUCACGUUCAAGCUCUGGUUAAACUGUUCACCUAGCCUUCACUUUCCUUCCUCCAAAAUCACAAAUCCAUGAAUCUUCACCCCAUCUUUGUCAUGUUCAAUAAUCGAAAUACCCAACUUAGGUUUCUCAAAUCCACUCACCUCAGCUUGCUUCUCCCUUCCCCCUGUCAUACUCUUCAAAUGAUCUAGGUAACUAUGUCCUCCACCUCCUCGUGCUUCAUUCUUACUCUUCUCUAUGCUUCUCUGUAGGCGAUUGUCUUCUUCCAUUACAUUCUGCCCUCCCUCCUUCAGUAUUGGAAAGUUCACCAAUGAGAGCAUAGGGGAUGUCAUUAACUUUGCAAAACCGUGUUAAUUUGAUAAAAUGAAUAAUGGGAAAGCCUAAUUCUCUUGUUGUUUCAAUCUAACAUUAUGAGGAUGCUGCAACAUAUUGAUCUGUUUGUAUUUUUUUUUUUUUUUUGUAGUUUUUUAAUGCUCACCAAAAUGAUAAAUGAAGCUGUUGCAAAAUCAGUGAAUAGGGUUAAAAAAAAAAAGUUUCUUGGAGAGCUCUUUUGGACAUUAUAAUGUCUUCAAAAUUUUGCCUUUUGGGUACUUCGAAGUACAAUUGGCAGAAAGAACUGUUCAGACUACUUACAACCCUUCCUCGACACUCAAAAUCUCAUCUCACAAGUGAAGUAGUCUUCACCAAUAUGUUAGUAACCAAGCAUGCCAAAUCUGGUGAUCUAGAAGCAGCACGCCAAUUGUUUGAUGAAAUGCCAUAUCGAACAGUUGUCUCAUGGAAUACCCUGAUUUCUAGCUAUUCCAAAUGGGGAAGAUACGAUGAAGCUUUAGCUCUUGCUUCACUCAUGCAUCACUGUAAUGUCAAACUCAAUGGAAGCUCCUUUUCCACAUUACUGAGUGCAUGUGCACAUUCUGGGUCUCUCUGUCAUGGUAAGCAAGUUCACUCCUUGCUUUUAAAAUCCGGUUUUGUUAACAUUGAUCUUGUGGGAAGUUCUUUGCUGAAUUUUUACUCACGUUGCUGUAAAAUUGAGGAAGCUAAGUCUGUUUUUGAUGAGAUGCAUGAUGGGAAUGAGCUCUUGUGGAGUUUGAUGCUUUUGGGAUAUGUCCAGUGUAACAUGAUGAGUGAUGCAUUGGAAGUAUUUCAGAAAAUGCCAACCCAGGAUGUUGUGGCCUGGACCAUAUUGAUCUCAGGAUAUGCUAAGAGUGAAAAUGGGAGUGAAAGGGCUUUGGAAUUGUUUGGGUGGAUGAGGAAUUUUGGGGUAUUGCCAAAUCAGUUCACCUUGGAUUGUGUUAUAAGGACUUGUGCUGAACUGAGAGUUCUACACCAAGGGAGGGCUACUCAUGGGCUCUGUGUUAAGUGUGGGUUUGAUUUUGAUAACUCAGUUGAUGGUGCACUUAUACAACUUUAUUGCAAUUGUGAAGCCAUAGAUGAUGCCAUGAGAGUUUAUGACAAAAUAAAAGAGCCUUGUUUGAAUGUUUCGAACUCACUGAUAAAUAGCCUUGUCUCAACUGGACGAAUUGAUGAGGCUGAGAUAGUCUUUUCUGGAUUGAAAGAGAAAAAUCCAGUUUCAUACAACAUGAUGAUUAAAAGUUAUGCUAUGAGUGGACAAGUUGAGAAAUCGAAGAGAUUAUUUGAGCAAAUGAGUCACAAGACUAUAACUUCUUCAAAUACUAUGAUUUCUGUAUAUUCCCGUUAUGGUGAACUUGAUAAAGCAGUGAAGAUCUUUAAUGAAACUAAAGGGGAGAGAGACUCUGUGACAUGGAAUUCAAUGAUGUCAGGGUACAUUGUAAACAAUCAGCAUGAGGAGGCUCUGAAACUUUAUGUAGCUAUGCGCAGAUCAGCAAUUGACUAUACGAGAUCAACAUUUUCUGUACUAUUACAUGCUUGUGCUUGUCUUGGAUUUCUUCAACUAGGACAAUUACUUCAUGCCAACUUAAUUAAAACGCCAUUUCAAUCCAAUGUUUAUGUUGGGACUUCACUUAUAGACAUGUAUUCCAAAUGUGGUCAUCUCAUUGAGGCUCAAAGGUCAUUCAUCAGCAUUUCUUUACCUAAUGUUGCUGCAUGGACUGCCCUUAUAAAUGGCUAUGCAUAUCAUGGACUUGGCUGUGAGGCAAUUUCACUCUUGGAAUCCAUGUUGGCCCAAGGAGUUGUCCCAAAUGCAGCUACUUUUGUUAGCAUUCUCUCUGCAUGUGGCCAUGCUGGUCUAGUUGAUGAAGGGUUGUCAAUUUUCUGGUCAAUGAAAAAUUGCCACAGAAUAAACCCGACUAUAGAACACUACACAUGUGUGGUGAAUCUUCUUGGUCGUUCUGGCCAUCUAAGAGAAGCUGAGGAAUUUAUCAAAAGAUUGCCCAUUGAUACAGAUGUGAUGAUCUGGGAAACUUUACUUAAUGCUUGUUGGUUCUGGAAGGACAUGGAAAUUGCUGAAAGAGCUGCUGAGAAUUUGUUUAGUUUGGAUCCAACAUCAAAAUCUGCUUUUGUUGUUCUGUCCAACCUAUAUGCUGUUCAAGGCAGGUGGGGACAGAAGCUGAACGUAAGGAGGAGAUUGCAGAGUUUGAAAUUGAGAAAAGAACCAGGAUGCAGUUGGAUUGAACAGAGCAAGAAUAUUCAUUUAUUCUCUGUAGAGGAUAGAAGCCAUCCUUGCUCUGAUGUUAUAUACAACACUGUAGAGCAAGUAACAGCAACUGUAAAUUCUAUUAUACCCUUCGGCUCUUUAUGUUCUAGCAUGGGGCAAUAAGUGUUGGCCUUACUGUUGCGUGACAUGAUAUGUGGUUCUUAAAGUUCUGUAAUAGUAAUUUGAAUCAAUAUCUAUUGAAAUUUAUAUGACUUUGAAAUUUA